AUGUCUCUUCAACAGUACACCAACUGGUCUCGUCCCGCUCAACCCAGCCCGCUGGCCAAUCUUCCCGCCGAGGUUCUCAUGGAGAUCUCCGAGUUAAUUGGCAACCCCGACGGUCAACAAGCAGCAGAAACCUUGCACAAUCUAAGUCAGCUGAGCGGUCGCCUGUACGCAAUCGUCCGCCCUUACUUCUACCGCGCCAACAACUACAGACAGUUCUACCAUGCUGUUCGUUUGGCCGACAUCCCCAUGAUGAAUCACUGUGAGAAUUACCUUGCGGCGCCCAUCGAUAUCAUGUGGCGAUGUGCUCCUGGACAGCAUGCGACAGCCUUGAGCAAUCUCCUGACCGGACUGGAAGACGACUGGGGGCAAUCUGAUGAUGCACCUCAGGCAAGCAUUCACGACAAGAAGCUUGACAAUAGGUUCGACGCUUUGAAGUGGCUUCUCGAGAGAGGCGCGAAUGGUGGAGAUACCGUAUGCCACGAUCGCAGGAUGUGUCAGGAGCAUGCCUGCGAUUCCGUGAAGCGACUCGGCCACACGAAUGCAAUUCUCCUAAACCACCUGCAAAGAGGUAGCAGCAAGCACACUAUGGAAGUCAUUGUCAACAUGAUCAAGAUGCUGAGCAGCCACGGGUGCCUCAACCCAACUCGCCCCGACACCUUUGCUGGCCGGAGACUUCCCUAUAUAGGACAUUGGCAGAUAUCCUCAAACAUGAGGGCCUAUCAUGUGGAAUCGCCGCUGCAAUUGGCGCUCAAGUCGCAUGUAGUCCCCUCUGUUCUGGAACUCAUGCUAAGCGAGUAUGCCGAUCAGGGCAUCAAGCUGAGGGAUUGGUACUCCGCUUGCCCACGCAGCCUUGCCAAGCUCGCAAGGCGAGAACGUUACCGGGGGUCCUCGACUAAAUGGUGCAAAUUCACCUAUAUCAACGACUUCAUAUGGAUCCUCCACUCCGAUCUGCACGGAGAAUACACUCAAUGGGAGGAAGGCUACUUCGGUGAGGUCGCCGACAUUUUCCAGGCCAAGCUCAAACUGAUGAUCAAGUACGAGAUGGUCAACGCUCAAGAGGAGGCUCUUCUCAAAAGUAUCGAAUCGGCUCUCUACUCUAUCACCGCAGAUUGCAUUCAGGCAAGUUGUAAGGACGAAGAGCAGUCCAAAAGGUCGUGGGAAAAGCUCUGCGAUGCUAUAAAGCCAUUCGCUAACGAUGGCAACCUAAGUGUGCGUCGUUCGAUAUGGACGCCAAAUCCUACCGGCCCAGGUCGCAUUCACAAAUUCGUCAUUGACUCGAUGUGGAACCCGUAG